GAGACACAGCUUUAGACACUAGCCCUCUUAUUUGUUGUCCCAGCCUCAGAGAGGGCACAAUGUGGCCAGCAUGGGAUUCCGAUAAGAAAAGAGAAAAGGCAGAAAGACCAGGACUUUGAGAACAGCAGAACCGGUGGCAGCAAAAGAGCUUCAGCUUGCCUCAACUCCAAGAAGCAAAAGGUCAAAUACAGGAAGGUUUUGGCUCACAUUUGGAUGUUGACUCUCAGCAAAGGGUCGCAGGUUCAAAGCAAAUUUGGGGCUGCUUCUUUAGAAAGACAGCAGAGAAGUGGAGUUGAUGGGUCCCGUUCACUGAACUGGAUUAAAGAGGCUGAGGCUGCAGGUAUAUCAGAUGCCAACAGUGCCUGAUGGGCUGUAGAGUGAGUCUGGCUUGCCUGGGGAAUGAAUUUUGCACAGGACCACUGGAUCAUCAUCAUUUGAUACAAGACAAGGCUGAGAUCAUGAUUCAGGCUGACAAGAGUUCGUCUGGAGGAUUGGCUGUUGGACAAGCUGAGCCUGAAAACCUUGCUUCGAGUUCUCACACUUUCAAAAACAAGACCUUUAAAAAACCCAAAGACUGCAGUAUCUGCAAACAAGCCAUAGACAGCCAAGGCAUUUCCUGCAGAGUUUGCAAGUAUGCCUGCCACAAGAAAUGUGAAGCAAAGGUGGUGAAACCCUGCUUCCUGCCAAUCAACUACGAACUGCCUGAUAACUCUGAGACCUUUCUGAGUCAUGUAACCAGAACUACUUCCGGCAGUUUUUCCAAAAGCUCAUCUUUCUGUUGUGACAAAGCAUCACAAAGUGCAGACUUUGAUCACAUUAUGGAGGAGGGCUAUGAACUUGACCUGACUUACAUCACUGAGCGGAUCAUUGCAGUAUCCUUCCCUGCCAGCUGUUCAGAGGAAACAUAUGUGCACAACCUGCAAGAUGUAACCCGAAUGCUCAAAUCCAAACAUGGAGAUAAUUACCUGGUGUUAAACCUUUCUGAGAAAAGAUAUGACCUUACCAAGCUUAACCCAAAGAUUAUGGAUGUGGGCUGGCCUGACCUUCACGCACCUCCCCUUGAUAAGAUGUGCACCAUCUGCAAGGCUAUGGAAUCAUGGUUGAACAGCGACCCUCAGCAUGUGGUGGUGAUCCAUUGCAGAGGUGGAAAAGGAAGGAUAGGAGUAGUGAUAUCAUCAUAUAUGCACUUCACCCAUGUUUCUGCCAGCGCUGAUCAGGCUCUAGACAGAUUUGCUAUGAAGAAAUUCUUCGAUGAUAAAGUUUCAACUUUAAUGCAGCCAUCCCAAAAAAGAUAUGUGCACUUCUUAAGUGGCCUUCUGUCUGGAUCUGUGAAAAUGAACACGACCCCACUCUUCCUGCACUUUGUCAUCCUUCAUGGCAUCCCAAGCUUUGAUGCUGGAGGAGUUUGUCGGCCCUUUCUAAAGAUCUACCAGGCUAUGCAACCAGUUCAUACCUCAGGAAUAUAUAGUGUAGGGCCAGAAAAUCAAAGCAGAAUCUGCAUUGCUAUAGAGCCAGCCCAGCUACUGAAGGGAGAUAUUAUGCUGAAGUGUUAUCACAAAAAAUAUCGAUCAGCCACCCGUGAUGUCGUUUUCCGCCUGCAGUUUCACACGGGUGCCGUUCAAGGCUACGGUCUGGUAUUUGGCAAAGAGGACUUGGACAAUGCUAACAAAGAUGACCGCUUCCCUGAUUAUGGGAAGAUUGAAUUGGUUUUUUCAGGAACCCCAGAGAAAAUCCAAGGAUGUGAACACCUGAAGAAUGACCAUGGAGUGAUAAUUGACUACAAUACCUCAGAUCCACUGAUCCGCUGGGAUUCCUAUGAAAACAUGAGCCCUGAUGGUGAAGUGCUCCACACCCAGGGUCCUAUUGAUGGCAGUCUUUAUGCUAAAGUGAGAAAGAAGAGCUCUUCAGAUACUAGCAUCCCCAGUGGAGCCCAGGGGGUUCCUGUGACCAGCAGCCCUGAUCACAGUGACCAUACUCUAUCUGUCAGCAGUGAUUCAGGACACUCAACAACUUCUAUAAGGACGGACAAGACCGAGGAGCAUCAAGCACCGGGAAUCAAACGGGGCUUGAGCCCACAAGAGAAGGCAGAGCUGGACCAGCUACUUAGUGGCUUCGGCCUAGAAAACUCAGUCAGUCCCCUCAAGGAUAUGACUGAUGCCCAAAGCAAGUACAGUGGGACUCGCCACAUAGUGCCAGCUCAGGUUCAUGUGAACGGAGACACCAAACUGAAGGAUAGGGAGACAGAUAUUCUGGAUGAUGAGAUGCCCAGCCAUGACCUUCACAGUGUGGACAGCAUCGGGACACUGUCCUCCUCUGAAGGGCAGCACUCAGCCCACCUUGGAAACUUCAACUGCCACAAGAGCAGUCAGAAUUCGCUGCUCUCAGAUGGCUUUGGAAGCAACACUGGAGAGGACCACCACAGUGCUCUAGCCCCAGAUCUGGGAAUAGGUGUAGACCCCCUCUAUGAGAGAUCAUUUGGAAGUGGUGAGCCUAAGCAAUCCCAGCAGCUGCAAAGGAAUCCUCCUGUUUCUGCUCAGCCUCAGGCUUAUGGCCCUAGUAACUACUCUACCCAGACCUGGGUGCGCCAACAGCAGAUGGUCACUGCUCACCAAUACACCUACUCCCCCGAGAGUGAAGUAAGACUUGGCAUUUCUAGCACUGUAGAGAAUUCAGGCAAUGUGCAGAGCCAUCCCAGAAUCCCUGACACACCCACCCGGGGAUCCAGCAGCAGAGACGCUGUGCAGCGGGGGAUAGGGACCGUGCCAAGUUCCAGUCAAGUAGCAGAACAUCCAGGGCCUGAGGCUUUUAGAUCCAGAUUAGUAGCUGAGAAAGACACACAUGGCCUGUCUCUAGGAGUGACUGUGGAGGGCCUGCCAUCCUCUCCUACUCUGGAUAUCGAUCAGUCAAUUGAGCAGCUGAAUCGGCUGAUCUUGGAACUGGACCCUACAUUUGAACCGAUCCCCACCCGCAUUAACACAGUCUCCAGGGACACAAGUCAAGUGAAUGGCUUCACCAGCCCUGAUGGGGAUGUGGGAGGGCCCAGCGUGAGCCCUGGGUUCCGUGAGAAAGGAGAGGUCACAAACAGGAAUCUCUCCCGGCAUGGUUCACCAGGAGACGAAUCAGGGGGAAGAAUAAGGAAGUUAAGUCUUGGACAGUAUGACAAUGAUGUUCCAGGGCAGCCACCAUAUACCAGGUGUGGCUGGAUGACAACUACUGCUAUAGACCAGGCUGUAAAUCCAGGAUCACGAAUUGCUGUAGGGGAGACCAAAGAGAUGAGUGUGGCACGUUACCAGGAAGACCUAGAUGAAGUAGACAGGGGAAUCUUCUCACCAACCAAAAAUGGGAAUGAAGCUGUUCCACCAACCCCAGCUUUUCCAGUGUCACCAGAGACACCAUAUGUGAAAUGUCCCCCACAUUACCGCCAAAUGAGUCCACCUGGUCAACAGAUCAGUAGCCCACCUGAGAUGUACAGAACUGAGCAUGAAUCUCGAAGUUACACGGAAGGCCUUAACCACUCGGUUGUGAUGACUGACAGCACCAUGGGCACCAAUCCCGCUUUGCUGAGGACUGACAUGCAGACAGCUCCUUCGUGUCAGCGGCCUUUUGUACCUGCGUGCGCCAUUUCCAGAAACAGCCCCAUCCCAACCGGAGAAAGUCCUUCUGCAACUGAAUGCCACUGGCUAGAAAGCAACACUAAGUCCACCCCUUCACCCCAGCUGUCAGUGCUGGGGAACAGCAGGCCUACAGGAAAUUACCUUGUGUCCUCAGAAUUUUCAAGCCCCAUUCAGGACGGCUCGCUCUUAUCCCAUUUCCAAUCCCCAGGAUUGCAAAUAAUCUCUUUGAACAGCCGAGAGGAUUCGUCCUUAGACCAGCAACAAGAACCUGCUGGCCAUCCCAGUGCCCGGGCCUACCUGAACUAUGGUGGGACCAGCGUUAGCAGUAACCCACCACUGGAGGAGAAACAACCUGUUUUCAUGGCCAAUACUAGCAGCUCUCCCAAAACUAUGAGCUCGCCACUGGCAAGUACAGCGGACAAUGGCUUUUUGGCCCACAACUUGCUUACAGUGGCCUCUGGACACAAAAGCCAGAGCAGCACAAUUCAACAGCACCAUGGAAUGAACCUGCACCCACAGCCACCUCUUCCAGAGAAGAAGAGGACUUCUGAGGGAGACCGUUCUUUUGGCUCCAUCUCUCCUUCUUCAAGUGGCUUCUCCAGCCCUCAUAGCGGGAGCACAAUCAGCAUCCCAUUCCCAAAUGUCCUUCCGGACUUUUCAAAAGUUUUAAGCACUUCCCCUUUGUCAGAAAACCCAACUGAUAAACACGUGACCGUAAAAUUUGUCCAAGAUACAUCCAAGUUCUGGUACAAGCCAGAUAUUUCAAGAGAACAAGCCAUUGCCAUUCUGAAGGACAAGGAACCAGGGUCAUUCAUUGUUCGAGACAGCCACUCUUUCAGGGGAGCCUAUGGCCUGGCAAUGAAAGUUGCUACACCUCCUCCUUCAGUGCUGCAGUUAAACAAGAAAGUGGGGGAUUUGUCAAAUGAGCUUGUCAGGCAUUUUCUGAUUGAAUGCACCCAUAAGGGAGUGCGGUUGAAAGGAUGCCCAAACGAGCCAUAUUUUGGGAGUUUGACAGCUUUGGUGUAUCAACAUUCCAUUACUCCUCUGGCAUUACCCUGCAAACUACUCAUCCCAGACAGAGAUCCCUUGGAGGAGAUCGCAGAAACAGCUCCACAGACUGCUGCAAACUCGGCAGCAGAGCUCCUAAAGCAAGGUGCAGCAUGCAAUGUUUGGUAUCUGAACUCUGUGGAAAUGGAGUCCCUCACAGGCUAUCAGGCAGUGCAGAAAGCCCUGAGCAUAACACUGAUGCAAGAUCCGCCUCCCAUCUCUACUGUUGUCCAUUUCAAGGUGUCUGCUCAGGGGAUCACACUGACAGAUAAUCAAAGAAAACUCUUUUUCCGAAGACAUUAUCCAGUCAACACUGUUAUCUUCUGUGCUUUGGAUCCCCAGGACAGAAAAUGGAUGAAAGAGGGACCUUCAGCAAAAGUGUUCGGAUUUGUUGCAAGGAAGCAAGGCAGCGCCACGGAUAACGUGUGCCACCUGUUUGCAGAGCACGAUCCAGAGCAACCUGCCAGUGCCAUUGUGAACUUUGUAUCAAAGGUCAUGAUUGGUUCCCAGAAGAAAAUCUGAAGCCUUCCUAGCCUUUGGUUCAGAGCUCUUCACUGACUGGGGGAAGGCAGCGUGGGAGAAAAAGCGUUCUUGGGAGUUUGCAGCUACAUUAUCCAAACCUAACCAUUCCCAAGAAGGAAAGCAGAGGAUGUUCCAUCUCCAUAAUGUUACAAAGAGUUUGAUCCUUUCUUUGAAGAUGCCUCUGACCUAUCAAAGCAUUGUAUUUUUACAUCAAAGGGCAAAAUUGUGAGUGAAUGCAGUUGGAUGCACCAAAACCCACAUAAUCCAUGUCUGAAUUAAACAGAGAAGAAAGGCUUUAUAGUGCAGGUUUUUAAUUAUAUUUUCACGCACCAUUUUCCAUCUUGUAUCAGAAAAGGAAGAAUUUGCCAACUCAUUAGAUCAUGCCUUUUUUUUUUUUUCUGUAGGAAAAUUUAUUAGAACCACAAGCAUUCUCUUAGACACUUGCCACAGUUGCAUCAGUGGUAGCUAUAGGCCUGGCAAACCGAUGCUCUUAAGAGAGUGGUGGUUUGUGAAGGACCAUUUGCUCUUCCCUUCAUCUUUAUAUGAUAAUGGUGGGAGUUGACUGAGAAGGGGGAAGAUGUAAGUUAGGGAAAGGUUAGUGCAGGUUGAUUUCUUUUAAAAAUGGUGCAGAGACAUGGAUUUUCCAGGGACAUUACUCCAUGUUUAGUAUAAAGAAGGCUGAGUUUAUUUAGCUUGUAUAAUUUUAAAUGGGAGAGGGAUAACCAAAAAGAGUCGUGUGGAGAAAGCUUGAUGUAUUCUGUUAAUGGUAUUUUUGUUAUUAUUUUUAUAUGAAGAGUUAAGCAGGAAAGAUGCUGUAUGUUAAUAAUCACAGGAUAAAAAUGAGGGAAAAGCAAAGAAGAAAAUGAUUUUAUAUAAUUUAUAUUUUUGCCUCUGCCAGAUUAUUUAUAGUAGACGUCAAAUCUUGAUAUAUUAUAUGAGUGUUCUUAUAGUAAAGCCAUUCAUGAUCUUUGCCUUCUUAGUUUUAUUUUGCAUAAGUAUAGUAUGUCGCAUGUGCCUUACUAUAGGGUAGAGUUUCAUAUUUAGACUCUUGUUUUACAGUAUUAAACCACUUCCUAGCUCAUGUGUCUCUGAAAUAAUGCUUUGACUAUGAAAUCGGUCCUCCCUCCUCAUAGUUUCUUACAUACAUAGGUUCUUUUUGACAGAUUUUUUUAAUGAAAGGUGGGGUUUCGUUUUUUGUUUUUCAAUUUGUAUGGAUUAGUGUUAAAUUUUAUAGGUGAAUUUUUAAAAUAAUUUCUUGAGUCAAGAAAUCCAAAAGGGAAAAGAAUAUUUUUUGUUACUCUUAUCCAUGUCCAAAACAAUCUGUCACACGUGUCCUUCAUAUGUCCGAGUAAGCCAACGUAGUGGCAUCUGUAUUUUACAAAACUAAAUGUUAUGCUAUAGUUAGUUUUAUAACAAAAAUAUAUAUACUAUAAAGUAGGGUAGGUGACUUGUAGUAAUUUUCUGUGAGAGCGGAGGGCCCAUUUGAAGUCUAUUGCAAAAUUCCCAUUCACCCAAAGGGAACAGGAUCAGGGCCAGAAACAGGAAUUGGAAGUUACAGACAACUGAAAUUCCCAAUUGUUUGACAUGCCAGACAUUUCUGUUCCUUCGGUUUGAGGGCCAAAUCUACACAUCAGUGACCUGAUGUAUAAAAUGGUGCAGGGUUCUGUGCACACAGUCACAAGAGACAGUGGGCUGAGUGGUAACUAUCCCCACUCUGAGACUUAAAUUGCUUCAGUCUUUUUUUACCAGACAAUAGUUAGGAGGGAUAGGAAAAAUUAUAGAGUUGGCUUAAAUAACAGCUUCCCUCCUAUCCUGAUCCAAAAACCAUUCGCACACAAACACACACAUAAGUUUCAGAGUAGCAGCCGUGUUAGUCUGUAUUUGCAAAAAGAAAAGGAGUACUUGUGGCACAUUAGAGACUAACCAAUUUAUUUGAGCAUAAGCUUAUGUGAACUACAGCUCACUUCAUCAGAUGCAUGCAGUGGAAAAUACAGUGGGGAGAUUUUAUAUACACAGAGAACAUGAAACAAUGGGUGUUACUAUACACACUGUAACCAGAGUGAUCACUUAAGGUGAGCUAUUACCAGCAGGAGAGCGGGGGGCAAAAAACCUUUUGUAGUGAUAAUCAAGGUCCUAACACAAGUUGUUCUAACUUUUAUUAACAGACUCCUUUUUUUAGAAUUGGAAGAACCACAGGCACCUUAUGCAGGGGCCAAGGACAAAAUUUGUUACCAAAUUAUUUGUAUAACCAUGAAUUCAGUGUAAAUAAUUGUGUGCUUUUGUAUGGGGGCUUCGGGCAAGAUCACAAAUUAAUGUAUUUGGACCAGGAAGUGGUUUACAUUAGUAACAGUGGGCAUUGUAUGUAUAUAGAAAGGUUAGGCAGUUCAAAGUAAAGCUACCAUUGAAGCAACAAUGGCAAGUGCCUCUGAUUUGUACCAAAUAUUUUCAUUCUUCCAUCAAACAGGUUAAUUAAUCAAACAAUGUUUUUGUACCAUCUAAAAAGAAUGCCGUGUGAUUCUUUAUUUGGUAAUGUUGAUCCCUUUCAAAAACAUUGGGACCAGUGGGCCAAGUAGGAAUUCUGAUGGGUUCCAUUAGAAUAAACAAAUUGGUCUCUGUUGGUUAAUGUUGGUCUCUUUUGGUUUCAUUUGGAGGACCCACAUCCUCAGGAACCAGAAGGCUGAUAGAUCCAUUACUCGGUUCUGAAACCUAGCUGGCCAGCUGGAACUUAUUGAAUAUUCUCAAAUGAAAUUUCUCCUGCAUUCCAGCUGGAGAUUCUUCACUCGGGACAUCAGCAGAGUCACACCCGCACUCAGUCUAACCCAUCGGGUGAAUUAUGGCUCUCGGAUUCUGUGUGAGAUAAGUUAGGUUUGAGUGUCCCCAUAAAAGCUGGUGUCAGCCACUGUGCAGCCUUUGGCCCCAUUCCGCUAAGGAUGGAAAGUUUGAUUUCCAAUAGACAGGCUUUGCUACUGUGGGCCUUAUUCUGCAUUCCUUGUGAAUUCUAAAAACCUAUUGAAUUUGGUGGGCUUUUAGGAGCACUAGGAAUUCAAGUCUGGGCUCUUCAAGGUGCUUACCUGGGGACUUAGGUUGCACUGAGUAAUGGGAAGGAGGAAAUUGCCAUAGUUACUAAGAGACGCUUUCUUAUGUGUGUUCCUUUUUAUGGUAUAUUAUCACAUGCUUUGUUUUCAUAUGGAAUAUAUUUAAAAACACAAAGCAAAAUAGUACAGUAAAUAUAACUGUGUAGUAUAUACAUAAACACAUUCAUACAACUUUGGUUCAUGGUAAAUACAUGACUAAAUAGUAUAGCACUUUCCUUCUAAGGAUUUUGAUAGAUGUGUAUAUGCAGCCUCAUAAGUAAUGCCAACAAAGUUGCCUCGUGUAUUUAACCACGCUCCUAUUAACCUGCUUGUUAAAUGUGCUACUAUAAUCUUACAGUGUUAAACUACAAAAAUGCUGAAAGCCAUGUUUUUAAAGGUUUUUAAUUAAAUGGUUCCCAUGUAUCCAAAAGUAUCCUUAAAAUUUUAAUGUUUCCUUCUCUGCCUUACCUAUUAGUGAACACUUUUUGCCUUUUUCUUGAAACUGUAAAAAACAAAACAAACAAAAAGUCUCCAGUAUGUAAAUGAAUGUUCUAUAAAUUCUUUGUAUAGUCAUUUUCUCUGUUCUUUAAAUAUCAACUCUAUUCAGAUGAUAAUAAAAUUAUAAAUUUGAAAUCUCA